AUGCUGGCUGAGUACCCCUUUUCUUCUUCCACCGCUCACUCAUCCCGUUCUUCAGUUAUCACAUCACCUGCGCCAUCGCACGUAUCACAAUUCCCAUCUAAACUGAAAUCCAUAUUUCGAUUAAGUACUUCUGGACACAAGAAAGAUCCCAUGGAGUCAACCACGUCACUAGCCUCAUCGGCACCAGAGAGGAUAUCAGGAAGCAGAAGUGUUAAUGGUACGUCGAGUCGUUCCAACAAUCAACAUCCAGAAAAGAGUAGAACUCUUGGUCCGUGGUUUCUUAAAGAACCAAAGCAUAACCAGAAACUAAGGCGAGUUGCAUCUGCUCCAAACACUAAAGCUGUUGAACCGUCCGGGAGCACAAAUGUAGAUAGUAAUACACAGAACGGUCAGGAUAAUACACCUAGCGAAGGUUGCAGUAGCAACAAUCAAAAUGACAAUAGAAUGGCGCACGACGUCAAGCCAGCAGAACAACUGAUCAAAAGAACGAGUAUUUUUAAGAGAACGUAUUCAUCGAAUUCCAUAAAGAUACGAAGCGUAGAAGUUGGACCGAAUAGUUUUCAUAAAAUAAAGUUACUUGGAAAAGGCGAUGUUGGAAAGGUUUACUUGGUGAGCGAGAAAAAAACGCACAAGUUAUUUGCAAUGAAAGUUCUCUCAAAGAAGGAAAUGAUCAAACGAAAGAAGAUCAAACGAGCACUUGCCGAACAGGAAAUUCUGUCAACUCUGAAUCAUCCGUUCAUUGUACCGUUAUACCAUUCAUUUCAAAGUGAAGAAUAUUUGUAUUUAUGCAUGGAAUAUUGCAUGGGCGGCGAGUUUUUUAGAGCAUUACAGUCUCGUCCAGGAAAAUGUCUGCUUGAACAAGACGCCAAAUUCUAUGCAGCUGAAGUCAUUGCUGCGUUAGAAUAUUUGCAUCUAAUGGGCUUCAUAUACAGAGAUCUUAAGCCUGAAAACAUAUUGCUACACCAAUCUGGGCAUAUUAUGUUAUCAGACUUUGAUCUAUCUAAACAAUCGCAUCCGGCAAAUAUGCCGGGCAUUGUAAAAGGAGGGCCGGCCAAUUUGCCACCUUCAAUAGACACAAAGUCGUGUAUCGCCAAUCUGCGAACAAACUCUUUUGUCGGAACAGAAGAAUACAUUGCUCCGGAAGUCAUUGAAGGUUGUGGCCAUACGAGUGCAGUAGAUUGGUGGACGUUGGGUAUUUUGAUAUAUGAAAUGCUGUACGGUUUUACACCGUUCAAGGGUCCGACUCGAGAUGUCACAUUCGUAAACAUAAUGCGAAAUGAGGUCAUGUUCCCCGAACAUGGAGGAUAUCAACAAAUUACGAGUCUUUGUAAAUCAUUGAUACGUAAGCUUUUAUGUAAGGAUGAGAAUCGCCGACUCGGCUCCAAGGCAGGAGCGUCUGAUGUCAAGGCUCAUCCAUUUUUCAAGAACACUCAAUGGGCACUUCUUCGACAUUCUCAACCUCCAAUAAUUCCACAACAAGGACAUGGUGCUGAUGCGGUCAAUUUUAGAAACAUUCAAGAUUCGAGUAGCAUAGACAUUGAUGGAGAUACUAUUAUUACGUCAACGGCGGAGGGGGAGAAUUUGUUUGAAGAAUUUAGUAGUGUCACAUUACUUCAUGAUGGGGAUGAUGGAUAUGUAUACGACUAUGAAUAA